CCCACCGCAUCCUGGACAAAGAGAAGCGUCUCGUCAGGUAACAGCAAGGGUCGCAAUGCAGUGGUCAGGUCCAGAGACUUGAAAAACAUCUAGCAGAGGGUGCAGGCGACAUAUCACCCUUUCAAGCACGUCUGGAGCUGUUACCCGAUAACAAGAUAACCUGGGGGAGGGACCGGCCGGAGAAAAGAAGUUCCGAGGUGAGAGAGAGAGAGUAAGCGAGUUGGGAUUCAUCCGGCGAGGGAUUCGACUUGUGUGCCUCACCACCAGCUUCUCAGGAAUUUCAUCACCUCCACUGCUUCCCUUCCUCUCAUCGUUGAUUUAACCGACUUGGAACAUUCUCCGCACUUUGAUCCCUAUUUACACCGACGUCAAAGCUCUCUCCUCGUAGCCGUUUUUUUUUUCUAUCCUUUGUUUCCUCCUUCCCGCCUGUUCAUCUUUCUCUCUCUCUCUCUCUCUCUUUCUCUUUUUCCCUCACCACAAACACAUUCAUACUCUUAGACAUCGGGAUGAACUCAAGCGUCCCACCGUGGCGUGUCACUGCCUCGGCUCCGAGCUCAAAGCCCGUGGCCUUUCAACCUUCUGCGACACCCGCCUAUAUUCCAGUACAAGCACGUCGUAGCCUCUCUUCUAAUAAACUCACCUACCCACCUUCCAACGGAUCCUCUACACAACCCGCCAUGCCCCCUGCGGCUGAAGCUCCUCGACCACGCAUGGAGUUCCCUCCCGCGGUUCGCCUCUACGUGCAGCGAUGCUUUGCUCCCGAGAACCAGGUUGCCAGCGUGAGCCACUCCGAAAUGCAAGAGAAGCUGCGACAGGUCAUUACCGAAGCGGCCGAGAACAACAAGCUUCAACUCAUCGACUGGGAGCGACUGGCUUUGCCACAGGUCAUGAUCCAAAAUGAACGUAACAGGAUCCUGGCCAACCCCAACGUCUCAAACUGGGGGAUGUCUAGCCAACCUUCUUCCCCCAGUGAUCCCAGUCGCAAGAGGAAGUCGACAGACAACAGCCAGCAGCGGCAGUCCGGAACAGAUUCGCCGCCAUGGAAAAAAGCUAACAAUCGAAACCGGUUUGAAGACCGUGUCACUCACCCAUCCACAGAAAAGAAAUCACGAAUGACACUGGAUGAUUCUAGUAAGUCGAAAGCUAAUUUGGAGAUGAGGAGGAAGCGCUUUGAAGGUGCUGGUGUUAGUUAUGGAACCUCUGGUACCUCGUCCCCCGUGGACUCUCCCUCCUCGCGCAGCGUCGACCAGGACCAAGGACCCGUGGUUGGACGAUGCCAGACUUUAGAGAAGAACUACUUCCGCCUGACCUCGGCCCCCAACCCGGAUACCGUCCGUCCGUUGCCGGUGCUCCAGAAGGCCUUGGACCUAUUGAAAAAGAAGUGGAAGCAGGAGGGCAACUACACCUACAUCUGUGACCAGUUCAAGUCGCUGCGCCAGGACCUUACGGUGCAACACAUCCGGAACGAGUUCACGGUCGUCGUCUAUGAGAUCCACGCGCGGAUUGCCUUGGAGAAGGGGGACCUUGGUGAGUAUAAUCAAUGUCAGACCCAGCUUCGCGUUCUAUACAAGCAGAAGCUGGGCGGGCAUCCGACGGAAUUCAAGGCGUAUCGUAUUCUCUAUUUCAUUUAUACCCGGAAUUGGACGGCCAUGAACGAUGCGCUAGCCGACGUGACUGCAGAGGACAAGAAGACGAAUGCCGUCAAGCAUGCCUUGGAAGUUCGCUCUGCACUCGCUCUCGGCAAUUAUCACCGCUUUUUCCAGUUGUACCUGGACACGCCCAACAUGGGGGCAUACCUCAUGGACAUGUUUGUCGAUCGUGAGCGGUUGACUGCUCUUGCUUCCAUUUGUAGAGCGUACAAACCGGAUGUCAACAUCCGGUUUAUUACGGAAGAGCUUGGCUUCGAGUCCGACGAGCAGACCGCACGUUUCAUUCUAGAUCACUCGGCCGAGAACACUCUGGAAGAGAAGAACGGGACUGUAAGGCUGUUGACCAGCAAAGCCGGCCCGCUGUUUGAGCAAGCCAAGGCCGAAGCCCACCGUGUCGUCGACAUCAAGGGCCAGAUCUAAGCCAGGGCUGGCCCCCUUCUUCUCGACCCGUUCCGUUCCAGGUCCUUUUCUCCUCCUCCCUAUUAAUCACACCCUUAGGCUGGCUGCCGAUGGAUUUCACACUCGUGGAUCCGAAUUGACCUCUUUGCCGUUGAAGGCAAAGUUGGUCCAUCCAUUUCUUUCGAAGCGACAGGAGUUUAUACAAUCGUUUCCUCUGCGUUCUUGGUGUAUGCAAACCGUUACCGAUCGGAGUCCAUCCCUUAGGCGUUCUUGCAGCUUCCAUACCUGCUUUGUCUUUGAUUCCUCCAUGCCCUGACUCUAGUCUCCUGUCGAGUCUAGUGUCCGGGCCGUGGAGUCGAGUCUGUGUCGCGAUCUUGCUGCGCACUCGGCCCCGCAACAAAUACUAAUACCCCCUGCAUAUUUUCUUGUUGAUUUCUUGGGUUAAGGUGGUGAUGGGGUAUGCGUACCGUUGAUUGAUGUGUUGGGUGUCAAGGUGCCCGAGUAGAUAUGGUUUUUGUCUUUUCUACCCAUUUACUACGUCCAGCUCUAGUGAUCAAUAAAAGUUUCCAAGUACCUUCUGAACACGA